GUGCUGUUACAAAAUCAAAACAAACCAAAAAGAAAAACAAUGCUAUUUUGCUCUCAUAUCCUAAACCGAAACCUUUGUGGCCUUGUGACCCAGUGACCCAGAUACGGACAAUGAGACCAGGCCGACACGAGACUGCAGAGACACGUGGAUGUCCCCCCCCACCCCCACCCCCCCGUCGCUCCCAUCAACCUCUGCCGCCCAGACUGGACACAGGGAUUGUGCUGCAGUCAUCAUACAUAGGAUGCAUGCUCAUGACAUGAGUCAUGGUAAUCCAAUCACAACCCCUGUGAUUAUCUCAGCACAAUGCAGUGUUGAGUUUAAGUCCUCCGAUGAGCGGAGAGAGAGAGAGACACAGAGAGAGAGAGAGAGAGAGAGAGAGAGAGAGAGAGAGAGAGAGAGAGAGAGAGAGAGAGUAGCUGCCUUCAUACAGGUGUGUUUUUCCGGAGCAAAAUUAAAGAUAUGCAAUAUUGGAGGCGAGUAACAGAAUGAGUCACAGAGAGUCAGUGUCCAUCUUUAAGAGGACUAAUGGAUGAAAAGAUGAAAAUGUUAAAGAUAAAAUGGACCCAGCAUAUUUUGUUGAACUUCAUUUAAUUGACAGCGAAUGACACAAAGAGAGAAUUUUUUUGAGGCCAGCAUAAAAUCAAUAAACCAAAUGGCGAUUAAAGCAUCUAAAAUGACCUUUAAAAUUUUUUCUACAAUUUAAAAAAAGUUCAAAAUUAAAAACAACCCAGCAGUGUGGAGGCCUGAGGUUUAUUCUUGAACUGAAGUGUUUUGCAGAUGUUCUUUUUCAAAUUUGAAGAAUUUUUCUACAAUUGUGUGACAACUGGUCAAACUUAAUCUGCUGAAGAAGAUCAUGUGACAAAAACGAAAGCAGCAGAACAGCUACCGAUGUUUGUCAGCAACACAGCAUUUCAUUUCCUGUGAGUUGAGAGUCUUAUUAUCAAACUCACAAAGUUUAUUCUGUGGUGACUUUCAAACUUGAUAACCUGUGACCCCUGAUGACCUCUGGUAUACAGCUGCAUACAGACUGAAUGACAAAGCCUCAGUCUAAUUUUUAUUUUACUUAAGAACAUGUUUGACCCUUCCUUGCCCUUUAAGGCCCAAAACCUGCGAGUUGUGAUCAUUUUCAUUGCGUUUUUGGUCUAUUAUCAACAUAUCAUACGAUCUACAUAAUUAAAUCAUGUAAUUACUAUGUCUGAAUCUGGGGUUUACCCACGGUUAUGAUGGAGGUUCAAUAAGAUUUGUCGUAGCUUAAUGAAAGGAAUCAACAAUUGAAACCGCCGAGGGCAUCACCUUAAUCAAGGUGUCUGAGUGCCGACGGCUCUCUGAACGAUGAUCCGUUGAUCCCGGGGGAAAAUGAGGGGAUCACAUCACCACUUCAAAGAAGGACUAACACCUUAUUAAGGGUACGAAUGGAAAAUCAGCAAAUUCGCCGACAUCGCAAACUUCUUCCUUGUGAUUCGGGUGGAGUAUCGUGUGAUGUGAAAAAAGGAACAAAACUGUGUAUUUAGAUUGGCCCUGUUAGACUUAUAAAUGAUAAAAACACCAGGUUGUUCUUGACCCUUUGCCUGCAUUCUGUGUUCUUUGUCAAGUUUCCAUUUGACCUGAGUAGAUAUCAUAAAUUCACAGUCGCGUACAUGUCUGGGAAGCCGUCUGACUAUACAGUAUCUUCAUUUUGGGUCUCAAUCGUUCCACUAUCUCUGGAGAAAAAGGGAGAGGCCUUUUAGAUUUGAAGGGCAGCUCUUCGGGGUCUGGCCAUUUGGUGCCAUGUUGAAUAAACACAAAGGUGCCGGAGUUUUCGGCAGGCCCCCACGCUGAUCCUGUUUAUGUGUUUGGGCCGGGUUUUGUUUUAAGUCAGAGGUGCCAAACACCUUCCCCCUGAGAUAAAAGAUGAUUAAUGCCUUUGAAUGAGCGACACUUUAAUGGCUCGAGGCUACUUAAGCACUUCAUUAGGCUGAGCUCAGGCCCGGUCGACACACUCGAGCCGCUGGGUCCUCUGGCAGCAGAAACAAGGAGAGCUGCAGCGGUUCCCUUUGAAGUGGCCCCUGCUUGUAAGGAACACCAUCCCGCCAGGCUUUCAGCAUGGAAAUUUGAUUAGCUCUCACUUUUCUUUGAGACGCCACACCACUCUGAGACCUGUUUUUUUUUUUGGGGUGACAUUUGGGGCCCGAAGCUCGAUCCCGUAUAAGUAUCAGAGGCGUCGCUGAGCCGAGGGACACUCGGGAUCUGGCAGCUGAGGAGCAGAUUCGGACCAAAGCCAUGGAAGUGACCUGGUCGUUCCUUGUCCUCCUGUGCGCCCUCCACCUGACCUGUAAGUACUGUUUGCUUUUGCUCUACUCUACUGUCGCUGUGACACGAAGCGUCUCUGAACUCGCUGGAUUAAGAGCGGCCUGCUCAAAUAUACCCGCUAAUCCCUUGUUAUGUGAUUUAACAAUGAGGGGUGGGAGAGGAUGUGUUGCUGGAAGAAGUGUGUGUGUUGUGUUCACAUGUAUUGCUGCAACUGCAGCAGUGAGGUCAAAUUACUAUAACUACAGACUGAAGGUUUUUUUUGUCCUCUUGCAAAUCAAAAAUGUAUAUUUCCAGAUGAACUGGAAUAUAUUUUUAUGAUUUUCCCAGGAAGCUCUUAUAACAAAUACUAAUAUUAGGGUUGUUUUUUUUCUAAUGACCCUGAAGAAAAUAGAUUCCUGCUCACUCACAUUUUGUCUUUGACACUAAAUAUUAAACUUUAACUAAAUAUCUUACUUGAUACCAUUUUAGGUCGCUGACGGCACUAAUGUGUGUUUGUGUUUGUGUUUUUCUAGUGACCGGGGUGUUGGCCAAACACAUUGAUCACAGGAACCUGUUCACACAGAGAAUGUGCUGCAAGAGACAGAGCCACUUUGUGUACAUUGGACAAGGUAAAGCGCGACAACUCUAGCAUUAUGUCUUUUCAUAAUUUACGUAUCUAUCUGUCUAUCUAAUCACUUGUUCCCCUCUCUCUCUCUCUCUCUCUCUCUCUCGUCAGACAUCUCUGGGAGUCCAGUCAGUGUUGACAUGGGAACGUGCAGGUCGCACUGUGGGGGAGCAUCCAGGCCUCCUCACGAAACAGGGCAGCAGGACUAUUCAAAAUAUUCCUCAAUGCUGGAAUUUCUCAGGAGCAAAAAAGUAAGUGACGUUUCCCAACACGGCCACUAGGGCGCGCUGUAACUCCCCGUGGUUAUCUAUUAGGACCACUCUGACAUGGAGGAGGUCUGCGUAAAAGCAUUAAAACAGCAUGUUUGGCACAAUCUCAGUGUUACUGUAAUAGAUAUAUACACACAUACAUAUAUAUAUGUGUGUGUGUGUGUGUGUGUGUGUAUAAAUAAAUGCUAUUUUUUUGUAUUUUGGCAUAAACAUCACAAAGUGAAAGAUAAACCAUUAAGCGCAUCCGAAAUAAUUUGCGCCACUUUUACGCGCAGACGAACAAGUUCAGACGUGUUUGACCUAAACUAUUCUCCACUUUUCCCAACCGCCUCACAAAAGACGGGGGCCCGGGGACCCGCCGCCGCAGAGCGCGCGGAGCCGCCGCACCAGCUGCUGCACCAGCGGCCCUCGUGCGGCGCCAACCAGGUGUGCGCGCCGACCGCGAUGCGCGUGGAGCGGGUGCUGCUGCUGGAGGGGCCCCGGGAGGUGGAGGUGGUCGAGGAGUGCGACUGUGAGGUCAAGCUGAGCCAGUGUCUCCGCGUCCCCGCGCUCAGGACCUACUACUCCGAGACCCCGUACGAGACGGUCGUCGACGUGGGAGGAUGCUCCCGGUCCAAGGGCUCCCCAGAGGGAUUCUCCUGUGUCCCCACCAAGUUCGACUCAGCUCUGGUGGAAACCCCGAACAAAGUGGAUCUCAUCCAGACCGUGGUGACCUGCGAGCUGAAGGAGAGCUGCUACAGGGUCCCGUACGUGGAGUACUACUAUGAAAUAGUCCACCAUGCCGAUGGAGUCAAAGAAGAGAGGCUAAAAGAAAUAGAUGUGGGCAGAUGUUUGGGAGGCUGCACUACAGGAAACCGAUGCCUUCUCAGGAGCCCAUCUAAUCCUGAACUCUGCCACUUAUGGGCCGAGAGACAGUCCAGCUCCUGUGUUCCUCAAGGCUACGAGAGCCAAAGCUUCCUCAACCAGCACGGGCUGCUGCGCACCGUCCUCUCCAUCACUUCCUGCCUUUGCCAAAACUGAACGCUGUGCCCUCUAGUGGGACAACAACCUCCAAGAGCCGUGGGCUUCCAAUGUCGGAUCCACGGUGGCUGCAGCCCACUGACCGAAACCAAUACUGUGUCAUUCAUCCGAGACGUUUCUACUCUAAAGUAUUAUUGUAUUAUAUGUAAAUAUAUGUAAAAAUGAUAAUUUGUAAAUAAAUUUAAUACCACAGCAAUAAUGUGAAUUUUCAUUCGACCACUGUGGAAAACAUUUUACACAAACUGCUAAUGAAACAUUUCAUGUGCUGGAAAGGUGUCACAGGCAGCUUAGGUCACCAAGAAAGUAGAUGACACUUUACAUUUUACAGCAAAACAAUAGUGCAGUGGUCCACCUUUGAUGAUAUAUACAUAUAUAUAUAUAACUUUAAUAUAGUAUAUUAGUAUAAAACGUAUUGUUUAAGUGGAACAAAAACAAACCUUUCGAGCAAAACAAAAACUCUGCAGACCUGAAAUAUAAUGUUUUAGAUUUUAACACAUUCUAUAAAUCAAUGGAAUCUGAAAAGAAGUUUGAAUAAGUACCAUGGUCAACCGACCAAAAUACAGCUUUUGGAACAACACUGAAAAGGAACACGUGAAAGACAA